ACCGAGGGUGCGGCUCGAGCCGCCUCAGCGCGGCCGGGAGGGCGGAGCAGCGCCCCAAGAUGGCGGGGGCACCGCCCCGGCCCUCCCACCGCCCGGCCGGCCCGCCCGCCGUCCCGGCAGCAGCCGCGGCGGCAGCCAUGGCCUCGGGGUGUCGGAUCGGUCCCUCCAUCCUCAACAGCGACCUGGCGGCGCUGGGCGCCGAGUGCAGCCGCAUGCUGGACUGCGGGGCCGACUACCUGCACCUGGAUACACUUCGUCCCGAACAUCACCUUCGGCCACCCCGUCGUGGAGAGCCUGCGGAAGCGGCUGGGCCAGGAGCCCUUCUUCGACAUGCACAUGAUGGUGGCCGCGCCAGAGCAGUGGGUGAAGCCCAUGGCAGUCGCCGGUGCAAACCAGUACACCUUCCAUCUAGAAGCGACGGACAAUCCCGGGGCACUGAUAAAAGACAUUCGGGAGAAUGGGAUGAAGGUUGGCUUGGCCAUCAAGCCUGGCACUACAGUUGAACACUUGGCACCUUGGGCCAAUCAGAUAGACAUGGCUUUGGUGAUGACAGUAGAACCUGGGUUCGGAGGACAGAAAUUUAUGGAAGACAUGAUGCCAAAGGUUCAGUGGCUCAGGACACAGUUUCCCUCCUUGGAUAUAGAAGUGGAUGGAGGAGUGGGGCCUGACACCAUCCAUAAGUGUGCAGAGGCAGGUGCCAAUAUGAUUGUGUCCGGCAGCGCUAUCAUGAAGAGCGCGGACCCCAGGUCUGUGAUCAACCUCCUGAGGAACGUGUGCUCAGAAGCAGCCCAGAAGCGCAGUCUGGAUCGAUGAGACCUGCCCAAGCCGUGUUCCAGAAGGCUCUGGGCCUGCAAGGAGAACCCUUUUCUCGUGCAUAAGUGGGGGCUGGAUGAACACCAACUACAGAAACUUCUUGCUGCUGAACAGAGGAAUCAUUCCUUCACUGCAAUGAAGCAAGCAGCAGUGGGAAACAUUCAGUCUUUCAGGGUUGGAAAUGCAAUGGUUUGAACCUGUCUCUUGAUUUUGUGGAGGCUAAUUUUGUGGCACAACUUCUAAUGCUGACUGGAUUGAACCACAGUCAGUAUGUUGCUUGCUAGAAGAGUGUAGCAUCGCCACAAGAAUCUCUCUUGUGGAAGACUCUUAAUCAAACUGCCUUCUGCUGUCUGUAUUUUGUCAUUUGAUCUGUGCAUUCCUACAAAACUUUUUCCACUACUGCAUUAAACACCCCUUCCUUGGUGUGUUAA